AUGGCGCGUUGCUUCAAUCACAAAUUGGUGCUCAACUUUUGUAAUUUAUUGUUUUUGCUCUGUGGCACAAUGCUCAUCGUCUCUGGCUGUUAUUUGUACACAGAUACCAGACGCAUUCUGCUCUCGAGAUUGCUGGCGGCACCAAGUGAGCGUCUCAGUGCGCUGCCCCAGCCCCUGCUCUAUUAUAUCGCUCUCGGAUUGUGCGUGGCGGGAUUUGUGGCGGUGCUAGCCGCAGUGAUCGGUUUCUGGGCCAGUUGCCUGCACACGUAUUGCUUUUUGAGCGUCUACUUUCUGAGUGUUGUGGUCCUAUUGCUGGCUGAGUCGGUCGUCUGCCUGGCCAUCACACUCUGGCCCCACUGUCUGGGCAUCAGCCUAGACGAGACCCAAAUGGUGAAGGCCCUGCAGGCCAAUUAUGGAAUACCCGGCCAGGAGCAGUUCACAAAUGCCAUGGACUUGGCUCAGACUCGCUUCGGCUGCUGUGGCAUGAGUGGGGCGAUUAAUUAUGAUACUUCGCUCUGGCGGCUCCAGGAGUACGGACAAAGGAACUGGGCGGUUCCACUCAGCUGUUGCGUGCUGGAGAAUGCACCCGAUCGCCUCUCCUACUUGGAUCCCAAACCAGCGAAUGAGUCGCAGUGCCAGUCAUUGGAACGUACCUCCUACGAGCGGGAGCGCUAUACAGAGUCUUGUCUGCCCCAUCUGGAUGGUUGGUAUCGUGAGCAGUAUAGCGUGUUUUUAGGCGCCAGUCUGGUGAUGGGUCUCGUGGAGUUUUGUGUGCUGCUUGCCAUCAUUCUUAGCUGCACAGGAAUUGCGACCCAAAGGGCCACAUUGGCCAGCGAUACGCAGCACUUGCGGAAGCGUGCCAAGUCCCGCCAGGUGUUAGUUGAGAACCUUUACGAACCGGAGGUAGAGCUGCGAGAUGUUGGAGCUGGCGUUCGCAGCAUGUGCCUGGGAAGUCGGCACGUGAGCAGCGAAGACUUUAAGGAGCUUUACGUCCAACCACGCGAUCUCUACAAGCAACGGCACAAUACGACAUUCAAGCCCAUUGCCAGUGAUUACCAGACGCCCAUGCGCAGUUAUUUGGUUUAGAGGUGCGGCCAAUGGGAGUUAAGCGUGAAGUUAAGCGAAUACAGACCAAAGUAUUAAACAAACAGAAACUUAAUGUCAUUACUCAAUAAACAUAAACAUAAAAUACUAUAUAGAA